AAAAGGGGUUGGAGGCCAAAAAAACUAUAAAUAAACAAAUAAGAUAAGGAUAAAUACAUUGAAAUGAUCAAAGUGUCAUCAAACUUUUUGAGUCUUUUACUUUGCUUCUAUACGAAGCAUGCUCUGCUGCUGCGUUAACUCGGGGAGCAACAAGAAGUUUGCUGAGCUGGACGCAAAGCUUGAACGGAAAAUGGUAGAGAGCCGGAGAUAUUAUCCGGGACACCGGAGUUUAAAGUCCAUCGAUUCAGUAAUCAUGAAGUUUCCUAAGCUAAGAGAAGGAUUAAGAAACAUCAGAAGCGUCUUCGAAUCUUAUGAUAAAGAUGGAAACGGGACAAUCGAUAUGGAGGAGCUUAAGAAAUGCUUAGAGGAACUAAAGCUGAUGAGUUUGUCGGAAGAAGAAGUGAAAGGCUUAUACGGAUGGUGUGAUGUUGAUGGAAGCAAAGGGAUACAGUUCAAUGAGUUUAUAGUCCUUCUUUGUCUCAUUUAUCUUCUAGCUAAACCUUCAUCUAAAUCAAGCGUGGAGGAAUCAAGAGAGAGGGAUCCGAAGUUGGUUGAAUCCAUAUUUGAUCCAAUAGUGGAAGUGUUCUUGUUCUUGGACAAAGAUGGUAAAGGGAAACUGAACAAGGCUGAUGUGACAAAGUCAUUGAAUAACGAAGACUAUCCGCUAGAGAGGUCUCCUAAACAUGUCACCAACUUGAGAUUCGAAGAAAUGGAUUGGGGAAGAAAAGGGAAAGUGGGGUUUAGAGAGUUUCUAUUUGCUUUCAUGAGUUGGGUGGGUCUUGAUGACGCAGAUGAUUAUAUCAGUGGGCUUAUUGCAAAAGUGACUCAAAACUUGAAUUCAAACAGAAAACUAACCUUUUCUUUUGACUCAUUUUUUUUUUUGAGUUUUUAACCCCACAUCUGCAUUUUAUCUACGAAAAUGCCAUUAACCCUUUUUUUUUUUUUUUUUCGAAAAUGGCUUCUUUACUGUC